GAUACUAGUACCUAAUACUCAUACGAUAGUACUUAGGAAGGACAUUCGCCUACAGUCGUCCAAUGGCAACAAUUAUGCAUGCAGGGGCUUCGUAAGGCUUUUCUAUUAGUUUAUGAUUAUUACUCUUUUUUUUCUUCUUUCUUUCUGCUUUUCAGUUUUUUUUUUCAUUUUUUUUUUCUUUUGCUCUUGUUACAAUCAUCUCUGUUGGUACAGAUCCGUACCACUGCGUUGAUUGUAUCUGCCUUGUCUUCUGCCUUAGGCUAAUUUCCGUUACAUGAGUUUCAACCGACUGGCUUGCAGUCGAUGCUCCACAUACUGAACUUUGGUGCCACCGUUAGAAGCUUGCAAACCAUGGGUGCACAUGCGCCUGGAAAAUUCCCGUUUUUCACAUCGGAUAUGCCGAGUAGUCAAGAUCUAUCUAGGUGUAACUUUCGGCAUGGCCCUUCAUCUCUAUUUCAUCUCUGAUGUCUACGUCAGAAGCUCGAAUCGCCGUCGGGAUCGUCGUUUGUCCGCUUUAAAAGAGUAUCUAGGAGGAUGAUCCGGGUAGCUAGGGAGAUGUUAAAUAGAUUGACUGGCUGAACCAGGGUGAUGGCUGUACAAGGAUUGGCCGCACUGGACUAUAAUUGCCAUUAUUAAUAAAAUCCUCCUGGAUUAGCCUGAAUUUUUCUGAUUUGGCUUGUUCCUGGUUCUCUCUUCAACGGCACCCCAGUCAUUUAAGUUCCAACAUUUAGCAUCCCAAUUACAUGGAUGUCUCAGACCGGUCGGUGCGGAUUGACCCUAUCGGAAAACAACCAGAGGCGAGGUGGACACUCUGCUGCGUCUAUCCCGAAAAGUCACGGCUUUGGAUGGCUUUAGUGCCG